CUCUUACACACACACACACACACGUAGUGGAGAAGCUGCGCGAAAUAACGCCGCAGUCGCUGCGUCACAGAGGAGACACGUCUAACGGGACGGCCUGAGUCUGACUAGGCGAGACAAGACAGACCGGGUGACAGACAUAGGACAGCAGGACCACACUCAGUGGACGCGGACACCUCCUGCACAGAGAAGGCCUGAAACUAUUGAUUUCUGCACAGCAUUGACACAGAAGACCGAACACAGAAAUGGUGUUCAGAGGCACAGUAACAGAUGCUCCGGACUUUGAUCCCAGCGCCGAUGCAGAGGCCCUUUACAAUGCCAUGAAAGGCUUCGGCAGUGAUAAAGAGGCCAUACUGGACCUGAUCACCUCUAAAAGCAAUGCACAGAGGCAGGAAGUCAUUGCAGCGUACAAAAGCAGCUUUGGAAAGGACCUGAUUGAAGAUCUGAAGUAUGAGCUGACAGGCAAAUUUGAGCGUCUUAUCGUCAGUCUAAUGAGAACCCCUGCCUACCACGAUGCCAAAGAAAUCCAUGAUGCACUCAAAGGAGCUGGAACAAACGAGAGAUGCCUUAUUGAAGUCCUGGCAUCGAGAAACAACAAUCAGAUUCAUGAGAUGGUUGCAGCCUACAAGGAUGCCUAUGGCAGUGACAUAGAGGAGGAUGUAAUCGCAGACACUUCAGGUCACUUUAAGAAGAUGCUGGUUGUUUUACUUCAGGGGACCAGAGAUGAGUCAGGAGUGGUGGACGGAGACCUGGUGGAGCAGGAUGCACAAGAUCUGUAUGCAGCUGGAGAAGAGCAGUGGGGGACAGAUGAGGCCAAAUUCAUCAUGAUCCUGGGAAACCGCAGUGUGACCCACCUUCGCAUGGUUUUUGACGCAUAUGAGAAGCUUACUGAGCUGUCCAUAGAGGACAGCAUAAAGAAUGAGCUGUCCGGAGACUUUGAGACGUUGAUGUUGGCUGUUGUCCAGUGCAUAAGGAGUGUUCCCAUGUUCUUUGCCAAGCGCCUUUACAAGUCAAUGAAGGGUCUUGGUACAGCUGACAACACCCUGAUCAGGAUCAUGAUUUGUCGCUCUGAAAUAGACAUGUUGGACAUUCGGGAGUGUUUCCGUUUGAGAUACGAGAAGUCACUUUAUAACAUGAUCAAGGAUGACACUUCAGGGGAAUACAAGAGGACUCUACUUAACCUGUGUGGUGGAGAUGAUGACUUAGCUGGAGAGUUCUUCCCUGAAGCUGCUCAAAUAGCCUACAAGAUGUGGGAAUUAAGUUCCAUGACCAAAGUCCAGCUAAGGCCAACAGUCCGCCCUGCAUCCAAUUUCGACCCUGCUGCUGAUGCACAAGCACUGAGGAAAGCCAUGAAGGGAUUCGGAACAGAUGAAGAUGCAAUCAUUGACAUCGUUGCACAAAGAAGCAACGCUCAGAGACAAGAGAUCAGACAGACCUUCAAAUCUCUCCUGGGACGGGAUCUGAUGAAGGACCUGAAGUCUGAACUGUCAAAGAACUUAGAGAGGCUGAUUAUUGGGCUCAUGUUGACCCCUGCAGAGUUUGAUGCCAAAAUGAUGAGAAAGGCAAUGGAGGGUGCUGGGACAGAUGAACACUCUCUGAUCGAGAUCCUGGUCACCAGGAGCAACGAGGAAAUACAGGCCAUGAAUGAAGCUUAUCAGAAUGGCUAUAAGAAGUCUCUGGAGGAAGCCAUUCAGUCAGACACAUCAGGCCACUUCUGCCGCAUCCUUGUUUCUCUCGUGCAGGGUGCAAGAGAGGAAGGCCCUGCAGAUAUGGAAAGAGCUAAUGCAGAUGCUCAGGAACUUGCAGAUGCAUGCAAUGCAGACUCUGACGACAUGGAGAUGAAGUUCAUGAGUAUUCUGUGCACCAGAAGCUUCCCCCAUCUGAGGAAAGUAUUCCAGGAGUUUGUCAAAUGCUCCAACAAGGACAUUGAACAGAUCAUUAAGAAGGAGAUGUCAGGAGAUGUCAAAAACGCCUUUCAUGCAAUAGUUCGCAGUGUAAAGAACCAGCCCUCCUAUUUUGCAGACCGUUUGUACAAAGCCAUGAAGGGCCUCGGUACGGAUGACAGAGCGCUGAUCCGCAUCAUGGUGUCCCGUUGCGAGAUCGACCUUUUCAACAUUCGUAAAGAGUUCAAGGAUACGCAUGAUGCGUCCCUCCAUGAAUUCAUCCAGGUAGAAACUAUGAUUGGUGAUACCUCAGGAGACUACCGUAAAACCCUGCUGAUGCUCUGUGGAGGGGAAGAUUAAACUUGUCACGUCUCUGCAGCUCCCAUCACAGACUUCACUGAGAAAUCACGAGACAAGCCCGACCACAGAGUCAAAAUAACUGGUUAACGUCAGUAUCUGUUGUCACUGUCCGUAAACUGGUGCCACUCCUCAGCCAAAACAAGUGACCUAUGACCUCCCAGCCUUCCAAGCCAGUUUUCGAUCAUCCUGUCUGUCAGGAUGAUGUCUUUCUUUUUCUUUUUCUUUUUUUUACAGAGUAACUCUAAUGUUCACGUUAGUGUGGAAAGGUGCUUCACGUGUACUGCAGAUAGAAAAUUAGCAAGUGGAAUACUGCCUUCAGUUUGCAGCCCGUCCAAAUAUUACUGUGAUUUUAAAGGUGUCACAUAUACCUGAAUAAAAUCAUUAAAAACACAA